GAUGACAAUGAUGUGGCAACACAUUCGCACUAGAGUUAACAGCUACACGAUAGCGAACUAGAACAACAACAACAACAACAACAACAUACACCUCAAAAGCAGAUUCUCUCAUUAACAUUCUUGAAAGAACAUAAUGGGUGUCGUAUGUGUGUAUGCUUUUCCUGUUCCUGAGGGUAAAAGCGGACAACAAGUUGUGGAUUUAUUACAGAAGGAAGUUGAACUUCUUGGUGCUGUCAAAACUGGCAGUUUUAAUGUAGAUUGUGAAACCUAUAAUUCAGUGAACCUGCCAGGAGGCACACAACGUCUGAUCCAUGUUCUACACAACAAUGAACAGCCUGCCUCCUGUUUCUCUGUGCUGGACACAGGUACAACUCUUAUUGCUGAUGUCCUGUUUGAGGUGCUUAUUGCUAAAAUCACUCAGGUUAAAGCAGGGAAAGAUCCAUUCUAUCAACAGAGAAAAGGAUUCAAGAUGGAAUCCAAGGGGCCAAGAUAUGAACUAAGUGACUUUGUUAUCAAAAUUGGAUCAGUGUCAAUGGCAUCAAAUUUCAAAGGAAUUCUUGUAGAGGUGGAAUACUGUCCUUGCAGCAUACCAAAUGAAUGUUGGAAUCUUAUGAGAGAACUGAUGCAAAGCUUUCUUGGCAAUGUAGCAGAAACCCCACCAACGUUAGUGAAGAACAAAAUGGAUGCGUUUUAUACACCCGGAGAUACAAUAAAUCAGUACCUUGAACACUUCACUAAUUUCCGUAAACAAACGAAUGUGAAUCAGCCAAUUAGAUGAUGCAGUUGCAAGAUUGUGGCAGUUAUUUUAAAGUAAAUAUUAAGUUUCCAACAACUUUUGAAUGAACAAUGCCAUCGUUACAGUAACUGGUAUUACUGGAGACUAUGAGGGACCUCAAGCAGAGCAAGGAGAUAUAAAUUUAAAAUGCACGUACACAUUUAUUAUUGUGUUUUUAAAGGGACUGAUAGAACAUAUUACAGUACAACACAGAUUGCUGGGAGUCGCAAUGGGAAGAGCAAAAUAAUAGUGUCAUCCAGGGUUUUGAGGCCAUAAGUUUACCAACCAAAAUGUACCUUGGAAAGUAAAAGGCGCUGAUCUUCAGAUUUCGGCUAAAAUGAUCUUUUCUUAAAAUGGAAGUUGUGUCAUACAAUGUCAUGUAUUAUGAACAUUAGAACAUGAGAUUUUUGUUUCUAAACUAUCAUAAAAAUGCCAAAUCAAAACAAAUAUAUGCACAAGUGGAGAAUCGAACCCGGGUCGCCACUGCAAUACAUAUUUACCUGAGGUCUAGACCAAUAAACUAAGGAUGAAUACGUAUGUAAUGGACAGUAAUUUUAAAGCUCUAUAAUUAGAGCAGUUUAUCAACGGUACACCUUUUUAGAUGCUUUGCAAUUUUGAAUGGAAAAAAUAAAACAACUCAUUCUUA